GGCACGAAACCUACAUCGCCGACAACCCUUUGUGUGCUAAUAACCGUAAAGGACGUGUUCAGCCAAAACUUUAGGCUGUAGAUGGCUAAACACCUUCGGGGAAAAGUGAAUGGAAGAGCUCUUUCUCACGUGAUGAAGUUAUUUUUAGAAUAUCAGAGUUAAAACUACCAAAACAACCGCCACGUGUGCAGUGCUAAAUUGUAAACAGACACCGAGUGUUUCGUCACUAUUUCGUCAUCUUGUUCACGUGUAAAACAACAAUAACGAAUCGUGUAAGCGGUGAAAAUGACUAAAACUGAAUAUCGUGUGGGAAAUACAGAGGAUGAAGAACUACAGUUUGACACUGAAAAGGUACCAUGGUGGACCUCGAAACGUCUACAGCUGGCCAUCCUCGGGUUUUUCGGCUUCAUCAAUGUGUAUACACUUAGAGCCAAUAUGAGUGUUGCCGUUGUGUGCAUGGUCAACUGGACAGCGCUACAUGAAACCCAAGGAAACUCUUCCAAGGAAAAUACGAAUCAAGUUAUGUCUAGUAGCUGUGGCCUUGUGUCGGCUGGUUCCAACGUCACCAAAGCACCCAAGUUUGAGGAUGGAGAAUUCGACUGGAAUGAAGAUAUACAGGGUUCAGUCCUUGGUGCAUUUUUCUGGGGCUAUCUAGUCACACAAAUCCCAGGAGGAUGGGUCGCCACGCGAUUCGGAGGCAAGAAAGUAUUUGGUGUCAGCAUGCUGGCAGCCUCUGUAGCUACUUUCAUCACCCCUGUGGCAGCCCAGACUAGCUACAUAUUCCUGAUUGUGUUGCGCAUCAUCCUUGGAAUAUGUUCAGGAGUAACAUUUCCAGCCAUGCAUGCCCUCUGGGGAAGCUGGGCUCCGCCAUUGGAAAGAAGUAAACUUACAGCAUUCACAUAUGCAGGUGCACAGCUAGGGAACGUUAUUACAUAUCCACUGUCAGGGAUGUUGUGUAAAUACGGAUUUGCUGGAGGCUGGCCAUCCAUAUUCUAUGUAUUGGGGAUGGUGAACGUGGUGUGGGUAGUAGUAUGGUGGAUUCUGGCCAGUGACAGUCCGAUGGAACAUAAAGGUAUCACUAAGGAGGAGAGAGACUAUAUCACUCACGCCCUGGCAGAAUCGACACACAAAGAAUCAGGCAAGAAGAUUGAUGUCCCCUGGCUGAAGAUUUUUACGUCUGGCCCAGUUUUUGCCAUUAUCUGUGUGAACGUCAUGUCGGACUGGGGGGCCUACACUCUGCUUGCUAAUAUUCCGCUCUACCUUAAGGAGGUGCUCAAGUUUGAUAUCACCACGAACGGUCUGUACUCUGCCCUGCCGUAUAUUGUUUUCUGGGCUGUGAUCAACAUUGGUGGGUGGUUAGCGGACUUCAUGAUGAGGAGAUGUUUCACUGUUACCAUCACAAGGAAGUCUGUCAACACAUUUGGUAUGAUAAUGCCCGCCCUGAUGCUCAUUGGCUUAGGUUAUGUGGACUGCAGUUCUCCAAUCCUGGCAAUAGCUCUACUGACGCUCGCUGUAGGAUUGAGUGGAUUCCAGUACAGUGGCUGGCUCGUCAAUCAUGUAGACAUUGCUCCAGCUUACGCUGGAAUUCUUUUUGGAAUAUCAAACUCUAUUGCCUCGGUCACAGGAUUUGUCAGCCAGCAAGUUGUUGCUGCCAUCAGAAAAAUGGAGGGAAUGGAGAUGCGAUCUCAAUGGCAGAUUGUCUUUUAUGUGGCUUGUGGCAUGUACACAUUUGGAGCACUCAUAUUUAUUCUUUUGGGAAGUGGAGAGCUUCAGCCAUGGGCAAUGGAGAAAAAGAGCCCAGAAGAUGAAGAGCUUCACUGUGAUAUAGAGUUAAACCAAGUUGUCAGAAAAGAGUCAUCGGAAAACAACGGUGAAAUUGCAGCUAUAGCAUAAUGUGUGCUAGCUAAUAGGCAUUUUGUUGUUAAGGUUUUGCCAAAUCAGCUUAAGGUAUGAUUUUGCUAAAUUGAAUAUUUGUUAUAUAAUAUGACCAAUUUCAGACAUUGUAUGAUUUUUACGAUUAAACAAAUGAUUGUUAAAAGUUUGCCAAUUUAAAAUUGUUGAUAUUACACAUAUAUGAUUGUUAGAAAUCUAGGCCAGUUUGAACUUAAGUUAUAUAAGAAUUUGUAAUUUCACAAUUGUGAUAUGAUUAUGAAAAUUUAACUAAUUUCACUGUGAUUUCUACCAAAUGAUCAAUGUUUAUAUCACUACUGGGAUAUAAUGAUUAAAAUUGAUUUAAGAAUUGAUUUAAACAGAUUAUAAGCAAAUGCCAUUACUGUGAUGAACUGUGCAGGGUACAUAUAGGCCUAAUUUUUUUUGUUGAUGUUUAUAAACCGAUGUGAUAUCUUAUAAUUAUACCACAUUAGAUAAAUCAUGAAACAUGUUUUUAAAGUAAAUCAGGUUGAAUUUUUAAUUACUUCAUACUUCUAAUAAUUGAUUAUAUGAAAUACAUAUUAACAAAAUGCUUUAAGAUAUGAAAAGAUUCAGAAUAAAUUAAGGGUCAAUGAUCUCCAUCAACAGAAAAUUCUUCAUAUUUAUGAUGAGUUAUAAUAAAAGUCCGGAGAUUAGAUAUUAAUCAAAUGAAAUUGUUAUUUGAAAUAUUAGACUGUAAUGUUCCUCUAUAAUAAGAAAUUCCAUAUAUUAUCUUGGAUCAAUUUAUUUCUUCUCAGAUUGUGUUCAAUUGCAAAAGGUGACACUUUUUUUCUGAGUGGAAAACUCUCUUAUUUAAACUUCACUACUCAAUAAUCUUGAAAUCCUUUAAGCUACAGGUUUCCAUACUUUUAUCUCUCAAUUAACAAAGAGCAUUCAAAAGCACCACCUUAUGUACAAAAAUAACACAAUGUUCUCUAGUUUAAGUUUAUUUUGUCGUGGUAACUAUCCAAGUGUCUCUAAGUCAGAUUAAUCAACCGUACAAAUGAAGUAUAUUUUCAGAUCUUUUGAUAAAUUAUGAAAGGAUUCAAUAUACUUCAAUAAAUAUCAAUUUUAAUCAAAAUAAGAUAUUAGUAUACAUUUUUCAUGACGCAUGCUGUGCAUUUGUAAUUCUGCAAAACGACAUUGUGUUCAGUUGAGAUGUUUUGUGUGUAUGUUGGAAGCCUACUAAAUAAGGCUGUCAUUUGUGUGUUU